AUGGCGUGUCCUUCCCCCUACCGACAGGGGGCGGUGCCGCCUCCGUCGGCGGGCGCGGAAAGGCGACCCAACACUCAGCGGCCGAUUCACCGAGCAGACCCGUAUGCGUCUUCCCUCUUGGGACGACUAGCAAGCAAACUGGCUUCUUCUGUGUCGUCGCUGUUUUCUUCGCCGGCGGAUCGGAAACAGACGCACGCUUCCGCUUCACCGGUGUCCACUGUCUCUUCACGGCUCCUGUCGGUUCCUGGCGCAGUCCCACUCCCAGACCCCGUGGCUCGGAGUGUUGCGUCUUCGGAUGGCAGAAUCAGGGGCGAGCGCACGUCUGAGGUCACGUCGGCGCCGUCGGCCGGGCGGCGACGGUCCCUGUUUGAGAGUUUAGAUCCGUCUCUGUGGCCCCGGGACAAUGCCUCGUUUCUGGCUUCGUCUGCGGCUGCUGUCGAACCCUCCCUACGACAGGCAAGCCUGUUGCGUCGUGCUCUGCCUGGGUACGCCUCUGGGGCGGAGAACCAGGAGGCCGUCUCCCUGUCGCCCUGUCCACUGAACUCUUCGCUCGCUGCGUCCUAUGCGGCUCCCGCGUUUGGGUCGCGGGAAGGCUCGCGCGCUCACUUCCGGCACGAUGCCGCGGUCAACCUGGAAGCCUCGAGAGCUCAGUCUGUGCAGCAGCACCAGUGGCACGUCCAGCACCAACUAGGGGCGUGGGGCCCGCAGCCCAUCGUAGACGGGGUGGUGCUGACGGCGCCGUCAGCCUCGGGUCGCUUGCAAAGUGGCGGUGGCCUGGACGCCUUGGCGCCGGCUGCCCCCGGUGUCUCGGCUGGGUAUGCAGACCACGCUCAGACUGCAGUCCAUUCUUUGUCAGCCCUCCCCCCCUCGGUAGACGCUCACGCUCGUACGCGCUUCGCUCCCGGCGGCCUCGCGGAGGCGGGUCCCAUCCGGAGGCCGAGCUCAGAGACUCGCGCGGCGCGCGCGAUGGCGCCCCCUGCCCCCUUGCUGUGCCUCCAUCCUCAGAGAGGAACCGAAGGCAGCGGCCUGCUGCGCCAGGAAGAGGAGCACCUCACUGUGGAUCAGCUUCAAAGGCUGUAUUUGCGGUGCCAGCCUUUGCGCUGGCGCGUAAGACUGCGGGAGCUCUUCCGCCAAGAAUCCGAGAGCCCCGGAUCAGGCCUCGCUGCAGAAGAUGUGCACGGCGCCGGAGGCUCGCUGCUCGAGGGGACUGCUGCUGGAAGGAACGCAGGCGCACCUGAGGGGUCCAAUCGCAGAGAAGGCGCACGCGCGGCUGUCGACGGUUCAUCAGCUGCAGGGAGGGAAGCAUGCGGAGAGACAGCCAGGAGAUGGGGCGGUCUGGCGGCCAGCGGAGCAGAGUCUGCUGAAGUUCUAGAUCGCCCGAGAAGCAUGUCCCGCGGGGCAGCAGCGGAGGACAUGGAGAGUGACUGCAGCGCAGGAACCAGGCCAACAGGCGAGUCGCGCGAGGCUGCCAUAGUAUCCAAGAGAGAUGCAAUGAUGAGCUCUUCAGGCCCGCUACAGGGAAAGCAAUCUUUUCUCGCGGAGCGCCGGGGCGCAGCUGUGGAGGGCGCUCGGGAGACCUCUACUGUUUGCGGCUCUCCUAUGGGGGCCGCGAACGAGGCGUCUCGGCAGUCCCACCUGCCCGCAGACAGCGGGUCUGGGGACUCUGCCAGCCGCUCUCUUUUCGGAAGCGCGGCGGCUGGAAAAGCCGGCUUGAGCCCUGACGCGGGCAAGUCGGCUAGCAAGGACGAGUUGAGCGCCAAACACGCCUCCAGUGCUUUUUCGCUUCCUUUCGUCGGUGGCAGUGCCAGUAGUUCGUUGCCUUCGCUCUUUGGUGGUGCACCUGCAGAAGACAAGAGCAAGACGGUGCAGCCACUGUCUGGUGGUGGAAGCUCGAGUUCGUCGUUGGCUGGAUCGAGCUCCGGUCUCUCGAGCGGACAGACGGCUUCGUCUCUCUUCUCCGGGAGCUCUUUCGGCGCGAGCAGUGCACUUCCGCCCGGCGCCCUUUUCGGAGGGAGCUCGCCUCCGGCGGCCUCCGCGCCACAAGAAAUGCGUGUGGGAGAUCGCAGUAACGAACACACUGGUGUCAGCCUUUUUGGCGCACAGAAUAGCCACGAGAAGAAUAAGGGAGACAUGAAGACGGCUGGCCAAACCAGAAGCGACGCUACGUACAGUAAACGGGGGUCGACGUCACUGUUUGGAGGAGGCGUCAGCUCCUCUCUGUCGGGACCGUCAAGUCUCUUUGGAAACCCGCAGGUUGACGACUCGACCAUUGGUAAAGACACUCAGAGCGUGCCUACAUUUGGAAAACUGAUGACCUCUUCGGCGGCGUCAGAUAUUCCGUCUGCGACGGCAGGAAGGGGGGCAAGCUUGUUUGGGGGGUCCGCGUUUUUCUGUGGGUCGGUGUCUGGUGCGGAUGCGAAGUCGUCAGCGUCAACGCAGCCUCAGGGCGGCGAGGCUGACGAUCUAAGAAAGGAGUCGCCUCUCCCGAAGGAAGGCGCUGCAGUCAGUGCCAGUGGAGAGACAGGGACAGCUGCGCUUUCCGAAGCGAGCAAAGACGAAAAGAGCCAGGGAACCAAAGACGGGAAGAAUGCGGAUGAACCGGCGACCCAAGGCGAGGCGGCCGCCACGGUGCCGUGGUGGCAACAAAACGUCGGAAAGGCUUGCCUGGUGCAGGUCGAAGAUGACGGAUUCGCCCCAGACGCGGAUGACGAUCCGGAGGAAAAGGAGUCCCCAGCGGCUGCAGGCAGUGGCCUAGCCCCGAAACACAGUUUCGCGACUCCUGCGGCAGGAGGCAGCCUUUUCGGAAGCGCCGCGGCGGAGCUGAAGCCGCCAGCAACGACGUCGAGCCUGUUUGGGACAUACAGUGCCGCGUCGUCGACAGCUGCUCCUAGCACGACGAGUAGCGCAGGCGGGAGCCUCUUUGGAGGCGCCACGACGUCGAACGUGUUCGGGACACGUAUGGCGUCCACAGGCACGCAGGGGACUGGUGCCCAGACUCAGGCGGCCGCAGGCGUUCCGUCGUCCCUCUUCGUUUUUGGUGGAGGAGGGGCUGGUGGAUCGUCCACUCCAGGCGGCAAUGCAGGGAAGCAAGCGACCGGGAGCUCUUCUGGCGCAGCCGGCGCCGGUAGCGCGUCGGGGAGCUUGUUCGGCAGUUCAGUAUUUGGUGCCAGCUCUACAUCUGGAGGGAUUUCCGGAAGCGCAGGGGGGGGAGGAGCCACCCCCGCAGCAGGAAGUCUAUUUGUGUUUGGCGGCGGGGCGGCUUCUAACACUUCAGGGGGCGCCUCAGGGGAUGCGGCGCCAGAGACAAAGAAGUCGGGAACGGGACUGUUUGUGUUCGGUUCCUCGUCAGGCGCGUCUGAGGCAGCUGGCAGCAUCUCGGGUGGUGCAGCAAAGCGAGGGCGGGACGGAGACAAUGACGGAGCACCGGCGGCAAAGAGUUUGUUUGGCGGAGGCUCGCAGACUACAUCGACAACUGGAAGCGUUUUCGGAGCGAGUUCAGCACCGUCGUCGCUGUUCGGCGCGAGUGCGCCAGCUGGUGGCAGCGGUGCUUCGAUUUCAUCGAGCCCGUUUGCCUUUGGAGCAAGCGCAGGGGGCGCAAAGGAGGCGGACAAAGGAGCGGAUGGGACUGCGCUCGGUGCUCCCGCAGGAGGCAGCCUCUUUGGCGAGCGGUCGUCAACGCCUGUGUUCGGAGCGACUCCAAGCAGUACUGCUGGUUCGGGCGGCUCGCCACCUUCGGCCUUUGGACAACCGAAAACGGGGGGAAGCACGGGAAACCCCUUUGAAUUCGGAAAAAAUGCCCUCGGAAACACUUCAGCUUCAGCUGUCAGCACAGGUUCGCUCUUUGGAAACAGCGGAGGGACCGCUAGCGCGACCGGAGCCACGAGUCUUUUUGGGACGUCAUUGGGCACGUCAGGCAGUGGAGGAACACCAGGAAAUUUAUUUGGCGCAGCGACCACAGGCUCAAGCGCAGGAGGCACGGGCACUCAGCGGUUGGGUACCAUCACGGGUUCAUCUCCGUUCGGGUCGGGGGGCCCUGUCGCGUCUCAAAAUAUUGCAAACGGAGAAGCGUUCUCAGGUGUGAGCCUUUUCGGUGGCGGCACGACUUCGCGGCCCUUCGCCUUUGGAGACAGCCAAGGGGUUGGAGCACAGGGACAGAGCGGGGAAGACGGAAACCCACUCUUUGGACCGCAGGCUGGAGGGCCUGUUGUACGACGUCCGCGACUCACUAUUAAGCGGACCAAGAAAUGA